GGGGGUGGAGCCUGCGUAUUGCUGCAGCUGUCUGUGAUUGUGUAGUUGUGUGGUUGUGUAGUGUGUGGAGCCUCAGAGAUGCAGCCAUAGUCUCCGCUCCAGUCUGACAAAACCGAACCCAGAGGACCGUCAGUGUUGCAGCUUCAGAGCAUCGGAAAGAGACGUGAUCAUGGCAGAGCACCAGAGGCAGCGCUCGCUCUCCACCGCCGGGGAGUCCCUGUACCUCGUGCUGGGGGUGGAGAAGGUGGCUACACCCGACGACAUCAAGAGGUCCUACAGGAAACUGGCGUUGAAGUUCCACCCCGACAAGAAUCCGGAGAACCCCGAGGCGGCGGAUAAAUUCAAGGAGAUAAACAACGCUCACGCCAUCCUGAACGAUCCGACCAAGAGGAACAUCUACGACAAAUACGGCUCUCUGGGGCUCUACGUGGCCGAGCAGUUCGGGGAGGAGAACGUCAACACCUACUUCGUCCUCUCGAGUUGGUGGGCCAAGGCGCUGUUCGUGUUCUGCGGUCUGGCCACCGGCUGCUACUUCUGCUGCUGCCUGUGCUGCUGCUGUAACUGCUGCUGUGGGAAGUGUAAACCCCGGCCUCGGGAGGGCCAGGAACAGGAGUUCUACGUCUCCCCCGAAGAUCUGGAGGCCCAGCUGCAGUCUGACGAGAGAGUAGAGGCUGGGGGCGACCCCAUAAUGCUGCAGCCGUCAGCCACAGAGACCACCCAGCUCACGGCGGACGGGCAUCACUCCUACCACACCGACACCGGCUUCAACUAACCCCCGCCCCCCCCCACACACGACUCACCCACCCACCCCGCGGUCCUGCCUGCUCCACCUCAGCCAGAAGAGGGCGGCCAUGUUGUUUCCACGUCCGACAGAGCGGCGCUGAGGGACUCGUAAGCAUGGCCCGUUAACAAGGAACUAAUGAAGUCACCCCCCCUCAAAGAGUUUUGUUUCUCGGCCUUUUUACCGCACAGCCCCCCCCCCCCCCCCCCUCUUUAUCCCACAUCAUGGUGUAGCAUGCACUGUUUCCAAAAUGGUCUCCAGAUGUUUAAUAUUUUGCAAACAGUUUUACUUUGCAGAGCAGCGCAGCUACGUCACUUCCUGGCAAAAUCACAGCCCCGCCCACUUUACGGUGAAAACAACGACUCAGUGGCAGGCGGGAAAAAGCUGCUGUGUUGUGUACUGCACCACAAACAACAACAACUUAGAAAAAAGGACAAUAAAAGAUAGGAUGCGUGGCUUCAGGCCUCAGUUACUACUGCACGUCUGUGGGAAACACUUCCUCACAGCUAAUGAUGCUCAUGAUGCUUAGGAGGCUAAUGAGGCUCACAUCAAGCAUCAACAGUAAUGUUAAACGUCAGACGAAACCCUGACAAGACAAAGAAACCCCAGUUCCAGUGUUAGCUUACUGCCCGCUACUCCUCCACUCUUCGACUGAAAUCAAUCGAUUUAAAUUAAACUAUAAAUCGACGCUGAUCAUGGAUCUCCAACGACAUUCUGUCCCCAUCCUAAAUGGGCUCCAUGUCGUUUAAUAAAUGCACAGUAAUGUGAUUAAUGACAAACCUCAAAAUCUGUAUUUCCCGCCGGUCAAAUGACAGCAUGUGUUUUCACCCAAAAGGGGCGGGGCUUGAUGUUAAAGGGAACCACCUGAUUGGUUGCUCUCAUCUUUAGACAUAGUGUUUGUGCAAUAUGUUCACACAGAGGCAGGGGAGGUGUUUCUGGAGAGGAUAGGAGGCUCAGGGAGGUUUUCAGAGAGAGUGUGAUCAGUGCCAUCAUUUAUCCGUGCAGUUUUUCCACUUAAAUCAGAGCCUGUUUGAGUCUGUUUGUUUGUCUGUGAGCGUGCUCCCCCCAGAGAGUUUCUAAUGUGAAUCAUGAGGUGGAUAAUGCACAGAGCUUUUUCUCUGCAGACACCCACAAAUGUCUGCUGACAAAACGAUUCUACGUUGGUAAUUAUAAUGAGUGCUGGCUCUACAUUCCCACAAACUCAGCUUUAUUUCAGAUCCUCUUUCCAGGGUUUGCUGCAGCGCUGCACGGGACGAACGCUCAUUUCUUUAUUUGCAUUAAACAUCUGUUUGUGGCAGGCUGAAGUCCUGCAAGAAUUACAUUUUUUGUCACUUUUCCAUCAAAUCAGCAGCUAGAUUUAAUAAUAAUGUUGUCACUGGAUUCAUAAAUGAGGAUCUCAUACAAACAACUGAUUAUUUAGAUUUUAAUUAGUGGAGAAAAGUUAUUUUUAUUAGUCUGAAGCAUAGGUUAAUGGACUAGAAUUAUGACUUAUUUUGACUUUUUUAAUUUGCAAGCAGUCACCACUAAUUAAGACUGAUAGAAAUGAAUUGCAUGUCAUUUUCUUUUGUUUACUUGUUGAUCUGUCGAGCGGUAGAAGAGGUUAACAUGUUUUGAACUCUGAGCCGUCUUGAAUAUGUUGAGUAGUUAAUGUGAUGUGGAAAAAAAAAACAUGUUACACCUUUUUAGAGCGGGGAAACAAAGCUGAUCAGUAGGGCUGUACCGAUGAACUAGCUCAGCAUUUACAAAACCACAAUGCAACGCUGCACAAUUCAUCAUUUUUGCAUGUCUGUUAGUUGUGUUUAAAGCCGGUAUUUGUGUCAGACGGAGAUUAAACUACACGUAUAUUAUAGUAUUAUAAUAAAAGUAGAAGUCUAGUGGUUGCAUAGGAUCGUUUGACACUGGUUAUCUACAUUUCCAAUAACUCUAGAGUCCUAAAAUCAACAUUUAUAUAAAAAUAAAGAUGUAAUGGUUUCCAAAAUAUUUCUAUCUUAUAAAAGGUCUGCUUUAAUCCAUAUUUUCUGGGUGUUUUGUCUCAAAAACAAGCUUUCAUUGCAUUAAAAAACAGCGUUCUGCAUUCAGAGAGGCAGGCAUGAACAGACAAGAUAUUUAUAUAAAACGAACAGUUGAAUUAAUAUCAAAUACUGAUCUUUUCUGGGCGUCAUUUAAUAUCAGAAUCUGAUUUUGGUUUAUUGCCAAGCAGAUGUCACAUACGAGGUAUUUGCUUCGUUGUUAAAUGCAUAAACACAGUAGGAAAAAUGUAAAGCUCGAUUAGAAAACAGAAGCUUCAAAAAGUAAUUUGGUAGAGCCCUACUGACCACCAAACACCCACAUGGGGAUAUAUUUUUAUGUCGUGCAUAAAUCAGAUUUUCCAUCAUGUUUUUCGUCCUCGUGUUUUGAACUGAAGUCCGAUGCUGUGAUCGUUUUAUCAUUGUUGACUAUUUUUUGUAGAGUAAGAAGAAGCUCGUCAGCAUAUCAUCAUCAGUGCUUACAGGCAGCUCCGAGUUUAAAAAAAGAAGAAGAGAUUUUUCAUACCAUAUAUGGCCACACACACACGUUGCCAUAGAUUGCCAUGAACAUCUUGUCCGUUUUCAUAAAUGCUAAUAAUGUGUUUCAAUGGUUUACAAUUGGUGCGCUCCCGUCGCCACCCUCUGCUCUUAACGGUAUGGAUGUGGACCUCUGUGCCCCCGUGCGAUGUUUCCUGUAACCCUCGAUGAAACAUAGAUGUUCCCGUCAUGGCUUUUUCAUUGAGAUUCUGAAAGAUGCUACUGUAAAUGUUCUCAGUUGAAUGCACUGUGUGUUUAAAAAAAUCAGGAAAUGACUCCAUAAAAAGACAACAUACUAUAUAAAGUGUAACUAUAGUGAAAUGGUUAUAUGAUGCAUCUUUUGGAGGUUUAUUUAUUUCAUACAUGAUGAUGGAUAUGAUUUUAUUAACUGGUAUGAUGUUGUAAUGUGACCAUUGAAUUUUAGCAAGGUUGAUGGUUAAGGUCGCUUGUACAUACACUCGGUCCAUAUAAAGUAUAAACCUUACCGUUUCUGUUGUAGCAUGGUAAAUGUGUGUCUGGAAGAAAACACGUGGAUCAUUGAUCUGAUUUGCUGUUGUUGAAUAAAUGUUCCUGAACAUUUGGA